CACUAACAACACACACAGCUACGCUACAGCAAUUUUUUUUUUUGCAAAAACUAUUUGAUAAAAAAGCAAGUAUUAAAUGUGUGCGUGUGUGUGCGUUAAACAAUAUACAAUUAAACAAUAGCCCGAGGAGCGUAUAUCGACCAAUAAGCACAAUAAGGUGUGCAGGGCAGCUGGCGUUGCUUACAACAAAAAGACCGGCAGCAGCUUCCUCGCUCGCACGCACACACCCACGCACACAUACAUACAUGUACACGAAUCUAUGAGAGAGCAGUAUCAUCGUAUCAUCGAAAAAAAAAAACGAAGAAAAGAAAACGACAGCAACAACAAUAAGUAAAGGUGUUGGAGUGAAAGAGCGAGGGCGAGAGGGAAGCAGUGUGUGCGAUCAUCAGAUCAGCUUUAGAGGCCAUGAAGAAUGUAUUGAUGGUGGCAGAGAAGCCAUCGCUGGCUGCCUCCUUAGCUGCCAUACUCUCCAAUGGACGCUCCACGGCGAAGCGAGGUAACAACGGCUGCUCCACCCACGAAUGGACGGGACACUUUCGCAACGAGGGCGCGGUGCAUUUUCGGAUGACAUCGGUGUGCGGUCAUGUGAUGUCAUUGGAUUUCACCAGCAAAUAUCAAUCGUGGGACAAAGUGGAUCCCGUCGAGCUCUUCGAUUGCCCCACCGAGAAGAAGGAAUGCACGCCCAAGCAACAGAUGCGCUCAUUUCUGGCCCACGAAGCACGCGGCUGCGAUUAUCUGGUGCUGUGGCUCGAUUGCGACAAGGAAGGCGAAAACAUUUGCUACGAGGUCAUGGAUGCAGUGCAGCAUGUCAUACACAAUGUCUACAGUCGCAAUGUCACGUAUCGUGCCCACUUUUCGGCCAUCACGGACAAGGACAUCAAGGGCGCCAUGGAGUCGUUGGGCCAUCCCAACGAGAAUGAGGCCAAGUCGGUGGAUGCACGUCAGGAGCUCGAUUUGCGCAUCGGUUGCGCCUUCACACGCUUUCAGACCAAGUUCUUUCAAGGCCGCUACGGCGAUUUGGACUCCUCACUCAUCUCCUAUGGUCCCUGCCAGACGCCCACGCUCGGUUUUUGUGUGAAGCGUCACGAUGACAUCCAAACGUUUAAGCCCGAAACAUUCUGGUAUCUGCAACUGUCCGCUGGGCAGCCGGAGGUGACGCUCGAAUGGGCGCGUGGACGCGUCUUCAAAAAGGACAUUGCCAUCAUGCUGCUGAACCGUGUCAAGGAGCAUAAAGAGGCCACCGUGGAGAGCGUGAGCAGCAAGGAGUCGUUCAAGAGCAAACCGCAGGCGCUGAACACCGUUGAGCUGAUGAGGAUUUGCAGCUCGGGCCUGGGCAUUGGUCCCUUCCAGGCGAUGCAGGUGGCGGAGCGUCUGUACACGCAGGGCUACAUCAGUUAUCCGCGUACCGAGACCAAUCAGUAUCCCGAGAACUUUGAUCUGCACGCCGUGCUCCGUGUACUGCAGCCGUCGAGUGAAUUCGGCGACGAGGCGCGGUCGAUUGCCUCCGAUUUCCAGACGCCACGCAAGGGCAAAGAUGCCGGCGACCAUCCUCCGAUCACACCAAUGAAGCUGGCAUCGCGCAACGACUUUGAUCGCGACACUUGGCGUGUCUACGACUUCAUAUGCCGUCACUUUAUGGGCACGGUGUCGCGUGAUCUGAAGUAUCGCACCACAACGGCCAAGCUGCGCGCUGGCCUUGAGUCAUUCUCGUGCACGGCGAAUGUGCUGCUCGAUGCCGGAUUCACCAAGGUGAUGACAUGGCAAGCCUUUGGCAAGGACGAACCGGCUCCGCCGUUUGUCCAGGGCAGCCAGGUGGCCAUCAAUGAUGUCCGACUCGCCGAGUCUCAAACGGGGCCACCCGAUUAUCUCACCGAAGCGGAGUUGAUAACGCUGAUGGAGCAGCAUGGCAUUGGGACGGAUGCCUCGAUUCCCGUGCACAUCAAUAACAUUUGCCAGCGCAAUUAUGUGCGCAUCGAAAGCGGACGCAAACUGAUACCAACGACUCUCGGGAUUGUCCUCGUCCAUGGCUAUCAGAAGAUCGAUCCGGAGCUGGUGUUGCCCACAAUGCGUUCCGAGGUGGAGCGCAUGCUCACAUUGAUUGCCAAAGGCUCGGCGGAUUUCAACGAUGUGCGACGCCAUGCAACGAAAAUCUUUAAGCUCAAAUUCAUGUUCUUUGUGCAAAACAUUGCCAGCAUGGACAUGCUCUUUGAGUCCUCGUUCUCCCCCCUCGCCGAGUCGGGGAAGGCGCAUUCGCGUUGCGGCAAAUGCAGGCGCUACAUGAAGUACAUUCAGACGAAACCAGCGCGUUUGUAUUGCUCGCAUUGCGAUGAGAAUUAUACGCUGCCCAAUGGCAAUGUUAAAGUGUAUCGCGAGUUCAAAUGCCCGUUGGAUGACUUUGGUCUGUUGGCCUUCUCGACGGGGGUAAAGGGUCGAUCGUAUCCCUUCUGUCCGUAUUGCUACAACCAUCCGCCGUUCAGGGAUAUGCCCAAAUUUGGCGGCUGCAACACCUGCACGCAUCCCACCUGCCCCCAUUCGUUGAACACGCUGGGCAUCUCCAGCUGUGUGGAAUGCGAGACGGGUGUCCUUGUGCUCGAUAGCACGCUCUCACCGAGCUGGAAACUCGGCUGCAAUCGCUGCGAUGUCAUCAUCAAUUGCUUUAAGGGUGCCACCAAAAUUGCAGUUGAAGAAUCCAAGUGCAGCGAUUGCGGUGCCCAACUGGUCAACGUCGUCUACAAAUCGGAUAAAUCCAAGUUCAAGGAUGGCAGCGAAGAGAAGACCGGCUGCAUUUUUUGCUCUGCCGAAUUCUCGCAUCUGGUGGAAAAGCAUCGCGCUGUCGCCUCGCGUCAGGUGCGCACAAAUGCGCCACGCGGUGGACCCAAUGCAGCCGCAGGUCCUGGAGGUCCUGGCGCACCUGCUGGCGGCGGAGGCGCUGGGCGUGGCGGACGUCAUGGCGGGCGACCGCCCAAGGAUAAAAUGGCUCAGCUGGCGGCGUAUUUCGUCUGAUUGUCAUCGUCAUCAUCAUCGUCGUCGUGUUGUCGUCUUGGCUCUGAAAUUUGCAUUUUAUUGUGUAACUCGUCACGAGCGAGCAUCUUGGCAGUAAAAAUAAACGAAAACAAAGUUUGUACAAAUGCUAUCGAGUCCUAUCGAGUAUAAUGUAUUCUUGCGUACGCUUUUGUAAACAACUAUCCUUAAUUUUGUAAACUCUUCUCAAUUUUGUAAACAACUCUUCUCAAAGCUUGUACAAAUGUCCAACAUAAUGCCAUCGAUUGGCUAAAACGGAGUCCUUCUAUCCUUACGUAAACAACUCUUCUCAAAGUUUGUACAAAUAUGCUAUCAAUUGGCUUUAACUGAGUUCUAUCCUUGCGUACUCUUUUGUAAACAACUCUUCUCAAUUAGCUCUAUAAUUUAGCCAAAUGAACUUUCAAUUCAACCUUAAAACUUAUAACUUAUCAAGGAUUCUGUAUUUUAAGCUAACUCUGAAACAAAAAGUGUGCAAUCAUUGCUUUUUUUAGAUAUUUUGAAACGUUUUUUAAUGGAGUUCAGUAAAACAGAUCCUUAAAAACCAAGCAAA